CUAAUUCGUUUUGAAUUUCUAUUUCAACUGUUUAAAAUUGCUUUAUUCUUAUAAGCUUAUUAGGCGAUUAUAAAAGAAAUUUGUUACUAAAAAUAACCUGUGUUUAUAAAAGUUAAUUGAAUACACACCACCCAAAAUUACUUUGAAGAAAGUAAUGUCAAAAUAGAAGACUAACCUUAAACACCGGUAUGGAGACCAAAAACGAAAUUUUUUUACAAAGACUUGUAAAAGCAGUGUUAUGGAAUAUUGUGCUGCAAACAGUGCUUGCUACGGGUCUAGUAUUCGUUAUACAAGUAGAUCCUUUACACCCGGUGUCAUGGCUCGUUUCAACUUUUCAUGAUGUACUCAGCUGGAAAAUGGGUUUAAAUGUUGUCCUUCUUAGUCUGGUGUCAUUUUUUCAAGCUUACGUCUAUGGGAGUUAUUACACAGUGCAACAACCUAAAUACUUUACAAGAUUCUCAAUGUUCUUCAAUAUGUUUACACUGCAGAAUGUAGUUUUUGGCAUUUUAUACUCUCUUAAUGGAUAUUUUAGCAUAAACUUGUACACGUCUUUAGCAGAUAGUAAAUUUAAUACAUUGAAAAAAGCUUGUGAUAAAUAUGAUGGGCAGUGCCUUUCGGAACAAAGCUUACUUUUACAGUUUGGUGGGAUGUGGAUGGGAUUGUACUAUUUUCUUAGUGUCCAUAUACUUGGCACUACUGUGUUGACGUUUCCACAUAUUUACCAAGACAAACUCCAACAAAUCAAGUUAGUUAUAAGCCAUAUAAUUUCUAGUGGAUUUAGAAAAUCAAUUAUGCCAGUGAUAUAUUAUUGUGUUUUCUAUUACCUGUGCGGAAAUAAGUCUAGAAAUGUGGUUGGUGAUGUUUACAGUUUAUAUCUAGAAGAUCCACCCAUGGACAACUUUCUUAAUUUGCUAAUGUCUGGUAUUUAUAUUGGCUUGUGGUUUUAUACAAGUUUAUUCUUUAUAUCAGUAUUUACAAUGAGGACUGUAUUCAAUAUUGUGCUUACUGAGCCCUUGAAAUUCCCCAUUGAAUCUGAAACUGAACUAACAUUAUGCAAUGCCCUUGCUCAGACAUCAAAGUUCAAUAGAUACUUAGCAGCCCUUGAUUUGAAAAGAUUAUCCAUGACUGAUGCUAGAAGAAGAAAUGAAAUAUUCACACUAUCUCAGCCGGGAGGACAUCCAAGAAACUGGAACAAUUUGCUUGAUAAGUGUUUGCGAAUAAUUAAUCAAUUUAAUAAAGAAUUAGACAAUAUAAAUGGAGAUGGAAGUAAUGGUGAAGUCGAGAGUUCAUAUAACAUUCAAAUUAAAAAAAAUAAUUUAUCAGAUGUCCCACCUAUAAGUUCAUCAAUGUAUUCUUCUCCAUUGAGGAACAUGGCAUAUUCUCCAAAGUUAUUUGAGUUGAAAGAUCACAAACAACAGGCAAUGGACAAUGCAUUUAUUACUGUAGUAAAGACAGAAUUUAAUAAUUUCAUUCAUAAACUCUGCCAAAAGCCAGGGAUUAGUUAUUUCUUUGGUGAACUUACUGAUACAAGACUGAAAUUUUUAUUGAUACAAUCUCAACCUGUUAUCUGGACUUGUGAAGGAUUGGCAACAAUAGUAGCUGCUUCAUUAAAGGAAGAUAAGUAUGGUGUAGUUCAAACUGAUAUCCCGGAGGUUAUAACUGCAUUAGUGAAUUUAAAGCAAAAUCUAGACAAAUUAACAAAACCAGGACUUGUACCCAAAAAACAUUUUGUAAAUGAUGAAUUUGCUUUAAGACUGAGAACAGCUCUUUUGUCUGCUGUGAAGCGAAGUUUAUACAGGAUAGUAAUAACAUUUUCAAAGCACAUUCAUGAGAUUCCAUUAGAACAUGAUAUCCAGGUGGCUUUGCAACCUUUUUUACUUUGUAAGGAACCCUGAUAAUUAAGAUUUUUUUUUGUUUCCACAUGUUUGCUCUUAUUUUAAUAAAUAAUUAAGUGCUUAUUUUUUGUAUUGUAAUUCAAAUGCUUAUCUUAUGCUAAUGAUGUG